AUGUUCAUUCUCAGCGCGCAACGCCUUUCAGGUACGCAGGUUUUCAGACGUCUCGCGGAGGGCUGCACCGGUUACUCGGUCUCGAGCGGGUGUCGGCAGCGCCGGCGCUGUUGUCCUGGAGCCCCGCAGCGGCCUCGCCGGGUGCGGGUCAACGCGCUUCAGUUGCAAAGCGGCCUCGCGGACCCGCUGGACCCCAAGUCUGAAGCGGAAGUACGUGAACACUUACGCUCUAACUCACCUGCAGAGCGAGCGCUGGGUAUCAACUAUGCACGCUACCUGGACGAGAGCACUCGCUACGAUAUCCUUCUGGAGAUGAUGGAGGAUACCGAUCCCCAAGUUCGCUAUGCUGCUGUUACGCAGCUUGCAACGGUCGGCUCGCACGAUCGCCAAAGGACCCUGAAAGCCGUUCGCAAGAUACUAUGGAACACAGAAGAGGAUGCAUCUGUGCGCGCUGGAGCAGCUGACGUGCUGGGCGGUCUCCGGUUCCACGAGGCCUUCCCAGACCUGGAAAAGCUCUUCCACGAGUCGAAGGACUGGGUGGUGCGGUUCAGCAUCAUCGCUGCUCUAGGGGAAAUGGGUGUUCGAGAAGCGUUCCCUAUACUGGUCGAGGCAUUGCAUGCGAACAAAGAGCCGCUGGUCCAGCUUGCAGCGAUUGGUGCGCUCGGUGAACUCGGCGAUGAACGAGCGCGGGUCUACCUCGAACCGCUCGUGAACAGUUCCGAUGCCUCGAUUGUGGAGCGAGCGCGUUUCGCCUUGGAUGCCCUGGACGCAAGAGGCAGCGAGCGCACUUAG